AUGGGCUCCGACAACACCGGCUCAACUUCGACCAAGACCGACACAGCUGCCCAGGAACGAGGGGAUCUUGGCAGUGCGAAACACCAAUUCAAUGGGGGUACCGGGUCCUCACUCUCGGAUACCAAGGAAAACCUGGUCACCGUGGCGAGUGACACCGUCAAUACCGUGAAAGAGAUGCUUCUUGAAGGCGUCCCUGCUGCCGCGGAGGCUUUGCAGAGUGCGGAGGAGCGCAUUCGGUCUCUUGCGAGUGGGAAUGAGGAUAACAACGAACAAGCGCCGGACGAGAAUAUGGAAUCGCAUGCGCAGGAUGUCGAGCGCAUUGACCAGAUGGAUACGGAGCAGAUUUGCGAUUUUCUAAGGGACAAGCAUAGGAGUACGAAGCCUCCACCGUCGAUAAAUUGA